AUGCCUUUAUUGGUGACAGAUCCUGUAACCAUUUUGGGGGCCCUCGUCUUCACAGUAGUAGGCGCAUACAUCUACCAAGGCCUUACCAACCCGCUUCGAAAUAUUCCUGGACCAUGGUACACGAAAUUCACUACCCUCCCAUCAACCUUCUACGUCAUGACGGCCAAGCAUCCCGCCUGGACACUAACACACCCCCAACCAGGCCCUAUAGUCCGCAUAUCCCCCUACGAAGCCGACACAAGCUCCAUCCCGGCCGUAAAACUCGUCCACAACGCCACCAUGAAGUCCCAACCUUUUCUUAAGUCCCCCUUCUACAGCACCCUCAUCACCGACUCGGACAGCGUCUUCAACACGAUCCAUCCGGCUAACCACCGAAAAUACAAACGCCUCCUCUCCUCACCCAUGUCCGAAUCAGGACUGAAAGCCUUCCUGCCGCAAAUCGACGCCCAAGUCCGGCUCGCCAUGACAAAGAUCCGCGAAGAGGACGAUGGACCACGUGGUGUCGCGGACGUGGCGAAAUGGUUCAUGUUCCUGUCAUUCGACGUGAUCGGCGAGCUGACGUUUGGCGAAUCGUUCGGAAACCUCGAACACGGGAGGAAAAACCGGUCCGUGGACGACUUCGUGAGUUUGGGCUACGUCGGCGGGCUAAGGAGCAUGUUCCCCGUGAUUUCCAAGAUCUCGACUGUGCUGCCGAUCCCGGUAUUCAGGGACGCGACGGAGAUUCAGUGGCGGACUUUCGAGUAUGCGGAGCGGGCGUUGGAGAAGCAUCGGAAGAUGGUAGAAAAGCAUCAUGCCGAGAGCGGGGGAGCAGUGAAGACGGACCCGAAACCGACCGUUUUCAGCAAACUGUAUAACGCUGAGCAUGAGGAGACUUGGACGCAGAAGGAGAUCCGGGAUAACGCACAGGUGUUCAUUGUGGGUGGGAGCGAUACAACGGCCAAUUCGAUGAUUUACCUUGUCUGGGCUGUGUGUCAACAUCCCGAGAUCAAGCAGAAACUCCUCAAGGAAUUGAGCAAUCUCCCUGAGGGCUGGGGGUACGACGAGCUGAGGGAUCUGCCCUACCUGAACUGUAUUGUCAACGAGACGCUGCGACUGCAUACCGCUUUGCCGUGCGGAUUACCUAGGAUCGUGCCGCCGGGCGGGUGUGAACUGGCGGGUCACUUUGUGACCGGCGGGGCGACGGUCACGACGCAGGCGUACAGUCUGCAUCGGGACGUCGAGGCUUUCCCGGAUCCGUAUCGGUUCUACCCCGAGAGGUGGGAGAAUACGACGCAGAGGAUGAAGGACUGUAUUAUGCCGUUUGGUGGGGGUGGGAGGACAUGUCUAGGCCGCCACCUCGCUCGCAUCGAGUUGCGUCUCAUCACAGCUCGCUUCUUCCUCAAUUUCCCAAACGCCGUUGUCUCCCACAAGGAGGGCAUGAGCGACAAAGACAUGGAAAUGGCUCUGUAUUUCUUGAUGGUGCCAAGUGGUCACCGGUGUCUUAUCCAGAAAGAGGCAUAAAUACGAAUUUGUUUUGUAUGGUCACUACCGAAGGUUGCUUGGCCUCAUCACGGAAGACGUAGAAACCCUCGAAUAUUUGGGACUGUUGAAGUUGUGAGAGGAUAGCAGAGAACGUAGCUUGAAG